GUUUACUACUUCAAUUAGGCUGAAUCCAAAUGAGCCUUGUUCAUGUUGUUGUUUAUCAAGGAAUUCCAGGAAUAAUCCCAUCCCACUGAGCCAGGGUAAAUCCAAGAGGUCCAUUUGACAAAGGGUGAACCGACCGGCUGCUUGUCUGCUCAAAAUCAGAGAGCAGGAACAUCAUCGAUCAGAUGGCAGUGCUGUGGAGCCAAGCGUGAUGACGUCAGCCGCAAGGUGAGAAGGAUAACGUGGUCCCGGCGGGGAGAGCUGCAGCCUCCCUCCACUCCUCGCAUCUUCUAUCUGUCUGUUUUCACUGCUCAGCUCUGAACUCUUCUCUACUGCCGAACCACAUGGAAGAGAAAUUCGUCCUGCUGUCCACAGACUCCCCGCGCGCCGUGAGCUCCGACGGAGUUCUUUCAGGCGGAAUGCUCUGCUUGCCAAGAGAUGGAUGAGCAGGGCCGCGAAGCUGAGCUGCCUGUCACAUGCCAUCUGCAAGGUCAAGGGAGGAUGUGCCCUCACGUUCUACACACCUUUUCCUCCAUACCAAUCUGUGAGCUAAGGAGGAUUGGCAGAUAAAGCGAGAGAAGACUUGCCUUGCCAGGAACAAUUAAAAACAUCCAAGACAGAUUAAAAUACCUUGAUCUGUGGUUUUGUUGGACUAAAUUCCAACUUCCCACUGUGGAAUUUACGGAUACAUAAAUGUAACAAUGCUCCUGUUGAGUAGAGCUGUAAAAACUGUUGGUCAUAAAGAUAAAAGUUACUAAUUUACAACAAUGUAGGAUGAAGACACUGAUCUUUUAACACUUUCUACCAAACACAUGUACUGAGUAAAACCAUUUAAAGAUCCGCUGAGUAAAACAAUACACAAGGGAGCAUCCCUGUGGUUUAUUUAAUCUGUGUUAAUCUGUUCAAGUCUUAGAAACGCUUGAAAGAGUGCCAGAGUGUGGAGACAGCUGCAUCUUAAAGCAAAGACUACAUCCGUCCCACCAGAUGUCUUUCACUUAGAUCUUUCUGUGUGGGGUAUGUCCAGUUCUGACAUUAGAUACAACAAAACGUCAAAUUAUUGCACAGAAUGGAUCAUCUCUGACAAACUUCGUAGUAUUUCUAGUAAGCUUCAAACUACUCGGAUACUUAGCAAAAAUAAAACCUUUUUAGGCGUCCAAGCUUAAGAUACCUUUCGGUUUUGUUUGUAAGGUUUUCUGAGUUAGCUUAAAAGUAUUUUGUCCCGUCAAGAGUGAGACAUUAGGAUUCAUGACAUGCUUUUAAAAAUAUUUCUUACUCUCAGUUUCAUCGUGUAUUUAUACCCUAGACAGUCUGUUCAUUCAAAUGCUAUGCAUAGUUUGUGUUUUUAAAAAGAUACAGACCUUUUCAAAAUAAUUCGAAUUGGAUGGAAAAUUUUAUUUAUUUAUUUUUUUAUUCUGUCCAAAAAUUAUACUUUCAUAGAAUAUAGAUUCAGGGCCCAUUUACUAAUUGAUUUCAAGAUUUUAUUUAGUUUUUUAUUUUUAUUUUUAUUUACAUUAAUUGAGGUUCCAAGCUCAUAAAACCAACUAAAACAGGAUUCCAGAAAAUCACAAUAUGGUGGAGAAAUCACAGUUCUUAAUUUUUUGUAUAAAGAUAAAGGCAGAUAGUAUGAUCACGUCAAUCAAAAUAAAGUAUUUUCAAAAUUAUAUGUCCAUCUUCAGUACUUCAGUAGUAUGGUAGGGGUCAGGUCCUGCCAGAAGAGGAAAUCUCCAUCCAGAUCCUCAGAAGAAGAAGAAUUUAUGAAGUUCUCUAGAACAUUCCGCUAGACUGUUGUGGUGAUUUUGGAUUGAAGUAACCAGAGUUUACCAACAUCAGUACUAGACAUUGAACCCCAAUUUAAGCCUUACACUUGACCUCCAGCAGGUUGGAUUCAGCUCCUCACCAGUCUUCCUCCAAACCCUUGGACUUUGAUUCCCAAAUGAAAGAUACUUUACUUUCACCAGUACUUUGGACCAUUGUUCUUCUUGGUCCAGUGGAGACGUUUCCUCUGUUUGAGUGCUUGACCAAAGGGACCUGACAGUUGUAGUUCAUCUCCUGAAAGUGUUUGAAUGUGGUGGUUUUUGAAGCCGUUUCUCCACCUCUUUCCACUCUUUCUGGAUGUCUGCAGGUUCUUGAAUCUUCUCCUUUUGAUAAUCCGCUGAAGCCCACGGUCAUCUCUUUUACUGAUGCAUCUUCUCCUGACUUUCUGUUGGUCUGUUUGGGCACAGCACUUGAACAGCCAGCCUCCUCAGACUAUGAACUUUAGUGGCUCACUCAGACUAUGGUUAAUGGUCUUCUGGACAGUUCUCAAAUCUGAAGUCUUCCUCAUAACGUACCAAACUGAGACAAUUCUUGUUCUUCAGGUCUUGUUUAUAUGGUGGUUGACAAACAGCAGAAUGGUUCAUCACCUGUUCUGGAGUGAAGGUCGAAGACUUUAUUAUAUCAACCGAGACAAUUGAACCAAACUGAACCAGUUUAUUUGGGGAACUUGUGCGUGGGCUUUGAGUUUAGUCUAGAACUAGUUGGUGAAACUUUGCUUAAAAAAUUGUAACCUGCAAACUUUGGAUAUAUAUCUCAGGAAUAUUCUAAUAUUUUGAAAUCCCGUUUUUAUGGGAAUUAUGAGAUGAAGCCCCAAUUUACAUAAAAGUAAACAAAUACUUGAAAUCAAUUAAACAGUAUAAUCUAUGAACAUUUAAUAUUUUGAAUGAAAUUAUGGAAAUGAAUACAUUUUUCCAUGAUAUUCUAUUUUUUGGAAAUAGUCUGUACAAAUAGUCCAAAGAAUAUUAGAUCUUUAGCAUUCAGGUGAUGUUUUAAAUAAGUCAGUUUUGUAGUAUCAAUACAUAUUCUGUUUCACAAUGUUCUGUAUUUAACACAAGAGUCAUGCAGUGGAGAAUAUUACACUUACCCCCUUUUUGGCUUUUUAGUUUGUCUUUUUUUAUUUUUGUGUGUAAUUUUUAACCAAAAUUUUAGUGAGAACACUCUUAUCUGAAGAAAAUGUUUGAGAAAUGAUCUAUUUGCCUCCAAUGGUUCCUCACAUUUAUUGUCUCUGUGAAUAAAUUAAAAGUAAAAAAUGUUUGUAGGAUACAAGUUGCAGCUGAGCAUAAGCUUUAGUCAGAAUACAGGAGCAGGGAUACAUACAGUAUAUCUGCAUAAACUCAGUAAAUGAAAGUCCAAACAGGUUGCUGUGAUCAUUUUAAACGUCCUGCACUUUUCUUAACACCCAAGGCACUCCCUAAAAUACCAAGAAUUGGAGCCAAAAUUAAGAAGCACUCUUUCCAGAAGAGGGUGAAACAUUGUAAAUAGUCAGUCCAACUUGCAGCUGCUAUCGCCUCCGCUCCAUCCACUCUGACGGCAGUUCCAGCCCUGUCCAUACCAACCAUUCAUAUCAUAUUUUCCCUGUCUGUCCCAGCGACCCAGCCCCCCGUGCAGACCUCUUUUCCUGCCCCAGGAUGCAAUGUAGUGACGUGCCAGCCAACACAAGCAGACUGUCCUUGCUCUCAUGUGGUUGCGCACUGAGGAGAUUACAAGGAAGCAGCUUGCCAGUGGCAGGCAGCUGCUGUUUCCUACAGCUCUCAGCAGUUUGGGGGGGAAAGCUGCAGGAUGCCAUGGGGGAGACGGGGCUCAGCGGCUCUUCUGCUGCUGCUCUCCGGCAAGGCUCUCGGACGGGCCAAAGCCAGAGAUCCCAGCCCCACCGAGAUGAGCGUGGAGCCCUGGGCCUGCCCGCAGGACCAAACGGCUACUGAGCAAGCACAGAGCACACAGCCCUCCCAGGACCAGGAGCAGCAUCUCGACAAACUGUGCCUGGACUCAUUCUGGAGUGAAGUUGAGACCAUCCGACAGGGGAGUGGCGACACAGACCUCGACUGCUCCAGGAGAGACUCUAGACAGUCAGAGGAGGGAGAACAAGAGGAGCAGUGGCUGGCUGAUGCCGGAUUAUCAACCCUUAUCCAGGAUGACAGUGAGGAUGUAGAUAACGUGGUGCUGCUGUCCACUUUGACCAGGACACAGGCUGAGGCUGUGAAGCGUCGGCUGGAUUCCUACACCCUCCGCAAAAAGGACAAACCGCCACCCCGGGACGUCCGCGAGAUCUUCAGGCCUCCGAUAGCUCAGACCCUUCUGCCCGAGUCUAAAAACAGUGAAGAGCUGGAAAAAGGAAUAAUGGCUUCGGUAACCAAAACACCAAUGUCAGUGACACCGGAACAUCAUCGCAGUGCCCCCAAAGAGGAAUUCUUAUUCACAGACGUGGCUUACUGUGAACAGGCCGUCAUCUUUCUAAAGCAAGCCAAACUGCCGCAGAAUAACAGCCAGAACAGCCAACGCAGGAAAGACGACGGCACGCUUCCUAUGGUGGUUUGCCCAAAGUGCCGUCUAGGUGUUACUCGUAUUCAGGACCUUUCUCCUGCUGACAUGAAGAAGGUGCGCCAGUUGGCCCUCAUUGACUUGACAGCACUGUGUGACCUUCUGGAGCUAGAGGUCAAAAGGCACAAAACGACAAAAAGAAAAAUCCCAGAUAACUCACUGUUCGGGGUGCCGCUGGCUACGCUGCUGGAGAAUGAUCAGAAAAUUAAACCAAACGCUACGAUUCCAUUCUUCCUGCAAAUAUUGUUGUCAUUCCUUGAGAAGAAAGGAAUUGAUUCAGAAGGGAUCCUGCGGGUUCCAGGAUCUCAGUCCAGAAUUAAGCUGCUCCAACAGAACUUGGAAGCCAAAUUUUACUCUGGGCACAUCAGCUGGGAUGAAGUGAGUCCAAAUGACGCUGCUGCGCUUCUAAAGAAGUUCAUCCGAGAACUGCCGGCUCCUCUGCUCACCGCAGAGUAUCUGAACUCCUUCAGCGCUGUCAGAGAAAUCACAGAGCUGAAGCAGAAGCUUCACAUGUUAAACCUGCUAGUUCUGCUGCUGCCAGAACCCAACAGGAACACACUAAAGGCCCUGCUCGAGUUCCUCAGUAAGGUGGUUUCCAGGGAGAAAAAGAACAGGAUGAACCUGUGGGCCGUGGCAACCAUCAUGGCUCCCAACCUGUUCCUCCAUAAGGCCGUCCCCAGCAGGCUGACCGAAGGAGCAGAGAAAGGGCAGGCGGAGAAGGCGGCUGAUGUUAUGAGGCUGCUCAUCCGCUACCAAGACCUGCUCUGGACGAUCCCAAAUUUCCUUGUGAGCCAGGUGCGUAAGCUGAAUGAGAACAGUAACAGGCGUUACCAGUUCUACGAUCGGCGCUUCAAGAACCUGCUGAGGAAGAUUCACACAGACAACAGAGAAAAACCUGAGAAAAGCAACUCGGAGCCCUGCCGUACAGUGAAGAUCCAGAAUGGAGAUCAGGAGAGCGGAACCAUGGAGUUCCAGCUCAACAUGAACUCUCGAGCCUCAGACCUGCUCAGCCAGUUUCAGCGCCAGUUCCUCCUCAGCCCUGAAAACGGAAAAGGCAAAACACGAAAAAACGGUUCGGUGGUGUACCCAGAUUGCGCGUUGUACGAAGUAGGAGGAAACAUCGGUGAGCACUGUCUAGAUCCAGACACACACCUACAGGAUCUGUACAACAGCAACCCUGGAGGGGAAUGGGUCAUAAAGAUGAAGCCCAACGCAGGCAAAGGGCCGUGAAGACGCAAAGAGCGAUGAGGAGAAUCCUCUCUUGUUUAUCCUCUGAGCAACAAGCAAGAAGGAGCCAGAUGGAUGGCGCAGAAACCGACACAAAAGGAGUUUGCCUGGAGCAGACCCCUCCAAACUGUCUGCAGUCCCCACUCCCUGCCCCUUCUGCUCCCCUCUAUUUUUACUUCUCGUCAUCCCUCGGAUCGUCGCUGGUCUCCUGCAUUACUGCAAGCUAUAAACUGCCUGUGUGACUCAUUGCCUCCCAGAACCUGCUGAAGGAGAAAAAAAAGAGGAAAUGAGAUGGACAGCAUCACUGGACCGUCUUUUCCUCCACAUAUUUUCACCAAAGCAAUCAUGUCCGAGCGCGAGAAAACAGAUGGGGAUGCAGAGCACCUCUGGCUAUACCGAGCUUCAGUCACCUCCCCCAUCCUCACGCCAGCUUCACAUCAGUAUACACACGUGUCCUCAAAGACGUUUAAUCCACAUGGAGGGAAAAAAACAACCGUAGUAUUUAUUCUUUGUACAUUUUUCAUUUUUUGUACAUGUAACUUGAUCUUAUGACAGGAAACAAAGAGGUGGUUUUAAAUGUAUCUGAUAAAAGAAAAAGCAGAGUAAAUUGCAUUAUAAAAAGAAAUCAGCCAGAAGAAGAAGGAGUCAAUCUGGCUUUACUCUCUGUAAACAUGCCAUUAUUCCUGAUCAAUCAGUUAGUCAACCUUUUCAAUCACCCUCUCCUUCCUGCUCCCGUGUGUCGAGUGUGCAGCUUUGAAGAUGAAGUAAACAAAGAGCCGGGGCCUCCGAGCGCCCGCUCCUCGCUUGAUUCCUGCCAUUCAAAGAGGAAAUGAGACCCGAUGAACUGAUACCUCUUAAUGCAAGGAACACUGCGAUCUCUGCUGUUUGAGGUCGCCUGACCUUCACACAACGGUGCUCAAAGCAUACAAAAAAAGACCUUUUUUUAUCUUCCAACACCAAGGGAUUUGGUGUCACAACCUCAAGGAGUUAUCGCACCUCUAAAGGGAGUUUGUACAGAUGCACAGUGAAGCUGGUCUUCAGUUCUCAGUGUUUGAAUGGGAGCGCUCAUGUGACUCAUGGGGCACACCAGGACGAUAAAUAAUAUUUAUAUGAAUGUAAUACCGUUGAUGCUUUUGUAGUUUGUGUUGUGUAAGGUAGAAUGUGAAGUGUAACUGUUUGUCUACUCAGUUGCCCAGUCUGGAACUGUGUGUAUGUGUGCAAGUUUUUCAGCAAACAUGUUUUUUUUUUGUAUGAAUUUCUGUUAUUUGGAUCAAUUUCUCUGUAAAUAUUUAAUUGUAUACUUUUGGCUGAAAGAAGAAAUCACUGCAGGUUUUUUUUUGCUGUCACCUCAUCGCUUCGAGAAGCUUUUCUGAUAAUAAACAUGAGCAGCAGACUUGA